UUUGUGGAUGGACCAACGUGGAAUGAUCAGAAAAAAUUUUGCAUGCAACAUUUACGAAAAAUGGGAUUUGGUGGUGAUUUAAUGGAAAAAAUUAUAAUUGAAGAAGUUCACGAUCUCAUGGUAGAUAUAACGAUAAAAAGUGAGAAUGGUAAACCAAUUAAAGUUCAUGGUUUAUUUGACAUAUCAAUUUUGAACGGUCUUUGGGCUAUGUUAGCUGGUCAGAGAUUUGCGUUGAAUGAUUCUAGACUCGCAAGACUUAUGGAAUUAGUACAUGUCAGUUUCAGAAUGUUAGAUAUGUCAGGAGGAAUAUUAAACCAGAUGCCAUUCAUUCGGUUUUUAGCACCAAACUCUUCUGGAUACGAACACAUCAAACAAAUUUUAAACGAAUUCUAUACAUUUUUAAAAGAAUCAGUAGAAGAACACAAAUGUGGGGAAAAUUAUCAGGAAGAUUUUAUUAGUGCAUUUUUAAUGGAAAUUGAGAAAAAUAAGGAAUCUCCUGAAUCGUUUUCAGAAGAACAGCUUCUUGUUAUAUUGUUGGAUUUAUUUUUAGCUGGAUCGGAAACCACAAGUAGUAUGUUAUCAUUCGCUGUAUUACUUUUACUUAAGCAUCAAGAUAUACAAGAUAAAGUACACGCAGAGCUGAAUGCGGUAGUUGGAGAUCGAGAAAUUCAGCUUGCAGAUAAAAAAAAGUUGAAUUAUCUUGAAGCUGUAUUAAUGGAGGUUCAGAGACAUAGUAACGUGGCGCCGUUAGCAAUUGCUCAUAGAACUAUUCGAAAAACCAGCCUACAAGAAUAUAUAAUACCAAAAGAUACAUUAGUAUUGGCGAGUAUUUGGAGUGUUCAUAUGGAUGAACAUCACUGGGGUGAUCCCGAGGUAUUUCGACCGGAAAGAUUUUUGGACAGUACAGGAAACAUAAUAAAAGAUAGUUGGCUCAUGCCGUUUGGCAUUGGUAGACGAAGGUGCCUUGGCGAGAUAUUGGCUAAGGCAAAUGUAUUUAUGUUCAUUGCUAAUUUAAUUCAAAAUUUUGAGAUACGAAUUCCAAACGGAGUCCAAUUGCCUGACAGACCUCAAGAUGGUGUUACUAUUUCUCCAUCUCCAUUUUCUGCUAUUUUUAUACCUAGACGUUGAUAAA